AUGAAUCCUAAUUUCAGAGAAGCUGUUGAGUGCGUAAGGCUGUUAUUGGAAAAGAAAUUUUUCGCCGAAUCAAAAGAUGAAGUUGCACUUAUUCUCUGCGGCUCUGAUGCUACUGACAAUCCUUUAGCUGAUGAAGAAGGAAGUUUUCAAAAUAUAUGUUUGGCUUUUGAACUCGCUCCUAUAAGUUGGAAGGUCUUGGAAUUUCUAGACCCAGAUUUAUUAUCACUCUCGACAGGAGAUGUUGUUGAUGCACUAAUGGUAGGCGCUGACCACUUGUUUAAUCGUUGCAAGAAUAAAAGAAACAUAAAAGAAAAGCACUUGUUGCUUGUCAGCAAUUUAUAUGGUUCGGUUGACGAUUCUGAUGUCUCCAGGGUAUCUGAAAGUCUCCAGUCUUCAGGUAUUAAAUUCAGCUUGAUUGGUUGUGACUUGAAGAAGAGUAUUAAUAUCUCACCUGAAAACCGAGAUGAACCUGGGCCAUCUCAUGCCAUUUCUCAUCACCAUCAUCCAUCACCAAAAACUAGACCCUCCAUUUCUUUUUUAGCUGAACUCUGGGAUCAACUAAACGGAGAAUCAUAUGAUUUUAGCGAUGCAGUCACUGCAUUGAGUAUAUUCGAAACCCGUAGCGUUUCGCAACGUGGUUGGAAUGUAGGUUUGCAAAUUGGCGAUUCGAUCACUAUCCCAGUUGUCGGCUAUACAUAUAUAAAGGAGGCUCAUCCACCAACUAUGAAGAUACUGUACGCCCCAGAUCCUUCUCUUCCACUGCGCGCUGUUACAAAAUAUUGUACACAAGAUGCAGAUCCUUCUGAUUUAAACUCUUCUGAAGUUACUCGAGGUUACCGGUAUGGUGGGACUGUAGUCCCCUUUGGUGAAGAAGAUAUGGCCUCCAUAAAACCCACUUCAGAAAAGUGUUUCAGCGUUAUUGGAUUUACGAGUGCUGACAAUAUCCCUCAUAACCUUUACACUGGUGAAACACUUUAUGAGAUUAGUGGUGUUGCUCUUGUCCGGAGAGUGUACAAUCAGACAAGUGCCGUUAGACUAGGAGUUUUAACUCCAGAAAUUCAUGGUGAUCAGAUAUCGCUCAUGUAUACUGAUAUGGCGUUUAGUGAAGAUAUUCGCAAUCUGAAACUUCCAAGUUUACCAGUUUCCUGUGAGCCUUCUACUUCCAAUACGGAAUGUUCUGUUAAGUCUUCAAACACUAUGAAAUUGCGUAAAGAUUGCCCAUCUCAGGAACAGUUAUCAGUUAUGGAUUCUUUUAUUAACUCCAUGAUGUUAAAUUAUUCAGAUGAAAGUGAGAAUGAUGAUGAUGGUGGUGAACUCAACAAGAAAGACGAAAACGACGUGGAAAAUCCUUCAUCAAAUAGGAUCUUAAAAGUUCAACGGAUAUCAAAUCCUUGGAUUCAACGUUUCUUUGCCUGCCUUAGAAAACGGGGUCUUAAUCCAUCAGUGCCACUUCCAAUUUCAAAGCAAUCAAAUUCUUCUGAUGUUUGGCUGUCACCUGAAAUGUUUCCUGGUUUGGAGGAAAUCAUCACACAAAUCAAUACUGAUUCCGAGACUGCAUCUGUAAUUGAAUCCCGUAAUAUUCUUCUUAAUUCAUUUCCACCUCUUCGUCCUGCUAGUGAUCCAGUCGACUUGACAGAAGAAUUUUUGGCGAAAAGACGGCGUUUAGCGGAUGAAGAACUUCAUGCUACUUCCUCGUUCACGAAAGAAAUAGACUGUGAAUAUCCAAGCGAACAACUGACUGCAAGUUCGGAAUUAACUAGCAAAUCAUUGCUUCAAAACACACUGGCAUCAAAUUCCAUUCAAAUAAACUCAGUUCAAGAUUUUGAAGACCUAAUCUCCCAACAACAAAUUGAAGUUGCUUGUAGACUUUUGGAGAAAGAAAUAAUUCAACUGGUGACUGAUCCUUUCACUGCAACUUUAUUGCGUCCUAAAGCUAUCGCUUACCUGUUCGCUUAUCGUAAGCAUGCUCAACCAAGUAGAGAAAUCGUCAAUAAUAGUAAUGAAAACAAUCAUAUUAAUGAUGCUACAUCCAACAGCAGCACAUAUCAUCUUGAAAUUGCUCGAGCAUAUAACUCAUUUAUUCAUAGUUGGCGCCAGGAUCUUAUUGAUCGUAAUCUUCUCGGAGGCAAUGUCUCAUCUCAACGUGCUGCUAAUGAUAACAAGUUGUCGUUUUGGCUGGAAACAAUUGCACAAGGUAUUUAAAUGUAUAUUGUCUAUACCAAUUUAUUUUUUUCGUAUUUGAGAUGAAAACUAUAUAUAAACAGGAUAAAAAGGCCAGUAUGCACCUGUAUACAUGUGACCACAAGAAACAACUUGUUAUAAAAUGAUAGGGAAGAUUUGUAUUGCAUUUUAUGAGCUGGCAGUUUAAUUGAGAGAUAUUUAUUGUUGUUCUGGAUAACAUCAUCAACUCUUAAAUCAUGUAAAAGUGGGCUGAUUUUUUUAUUAACGACUAUAGACUUAUCUGCAAGGGCCUCAUUCCUACAGUUGAAGAACACAUAGAACUAAAAACAACUGUCAGCCAAUAUCAAAGACAGAAUCUUCAAUACGAACGUCAAUACAGUUCUACUGUCCGGAGCUGAAACUUGGAAAACUACCACAAUCAUCAUAAAAAAGUAGAAGUAUUUGUAAACAACUGUCUACAUAAGAUACACAAUGUCCGUUUGCCGGAUACCAUCAACAGCAGCCUACUACGGAAGACAACAAACCAGUUUCCAGAUGAAGAGAGAAUUAGGAAAAGACGAUGGAAGUGCAUAAGACAUACAUUGCGGAAAUCAUCAAACUGCAUGACGAAGCAAGCACUAACUUGGAAUUCUGAAGGGAAUAGGAAAAGAGGAUUACCAAGGAAAACAUUGUACCAAGAAUGGGAAGCAGAUAUUAAAAGGAUGAAUAGCAACUGGAACGAAUUGUCUAGGACAGAGUUUGAUGGAGGAUGCCGGUGGGCGGUUUAUGCUCCUCCACGAGGGGUAACAGGCGUAAGUAAUAGACUUAUCUAUCUCAUCUCCAGAAGGUAGAUGGAAUACUUAAAAAGAUAUAUCGAUUAACUUGUAAUGUAUUAGAUUCUUUAUAAUAUAUCCUCUUCAAAUGCAUAGGUUUCGGUCUUUUGUGCAAUGACGAUAUCCCGGGAAUCAAUGUUACUCAUUCAGAAAGUCGUAAGUUUUUGAACUUGGAAGAUAUUACAAUACCUCAUUUUGUUGAAACAAAAGAUAAUCAGCCUGUAUCGCCCAAUUGUGUUCUCAAAGUUGAGCAUUUGAUGGAUGACACAGAUUGAAAUU